AUGACUAGUCAAUCCACCCGGAUAAAAAUUACAGGUCUCAAACUGGCUUCGACAUCGUCAUCACUUUCAUUCCAUUCUCCUUUCGCAUUUGCGGUUCCUAGUCCUUCUGUUCUCCAGAGCGGUCGUGUGACUCGUGUGUACAUCACGUUUCAGCAGUCUUUGCGCGGCAGGUAUCAAGAUCGGCUGGAAAUUGCCUUUGAAGAUAUCGGUCUCGGUCAACGUUUCAUCAUUGUUCGCGCUCUUAAAGCCAUCGUAGGCAGCAAGGCAGACUAUGAGGCACUCAAACCUGUCAGCCCCUAUGUACCACGGAAGACGACUAGGCGUUCGCCAGAGACUGAGGUUUUGCCGGGCGAUCCGCCACCUGCUACCAAUGCAAUUAAGUGGGUUGUAUCACUGCCAGUGGCCCCGAUUCCAGAAUCCAUCUCUUCUGUCUUAUUUGCUGGCUCUGUCUCGGAGAUCAUCGCCCAACUUAAAAGGACUGUGUUACCACCGCAUCUGAACGCGACUACAUAUUCACGCCAUUUCCAGUCUCUCAUUUGGAUCGAGGAGAACCAAAUGGAGAAUGAUCUCCACAUCUAUGAUAUGGAUGAUGCUGUACUUGAUCGACACGGCAUAUAUUACUAUUUGAAGGUCCCAGGGCUGGCUGAGAAACGUCCGAGUGUCAUAACGGGUGAUUCCAUCCUUGUCCAACGACACGGUUCCGACCGAGGGAAGUGGUUCGAAGGCCGCGUUCACUUCGUCCGAAGAGAGGAGGUUGGGCUCAAAUUCCACUAUUCGUUCCCUAACGCCGAAAGGGGUCAACUGUAUAAUGUACGCUUCAAACUGAACAGAUUCCCUCUGCGACGACAGCAUCAAACCCUGGUUACUGCAUUUACACCGGAGCGCAUAUUCUUUCCAAUUAGGCAGCACAUCUUCGCGAAGCCACGCAACACGCCCUUCUCUCUGUACAAUUCAAAUCUGGUCAACAAUGCCCCUCAGCUUGACGCCGUGACGUCUAUCGUAAAAUCUUCACCAGGCUCUGUUCCCUUCAUCGUUUUUGGUCCGCCAGGAACAGGCAAAACGGUCACAAUCGUCGAAUCCAUCCUUCAAAUCAUACACGCCAAUCCUCAAGCCCGAAUUCUUGCAUGCGCGCCAAGCAAUUCUGCGGCCGAUUUGAUAGCCAGCAAACUUAUAUCCCUUGGAGCUCGAAAGCUUUUUCGAUUUUAUGCACCUAGCCGAACUCAAGAAAACGUCCCGGAUGCCUUACUCCCGUUCACAUACCGCAAUAUCGAUGGCCUUUUUUCAUCGCCUGAAAUGCCAUUUCUACGACGGUAUAGCGUCAUCGUUUCGACCUGCGUCUCUGCGUCUUUUGCUCAUGGCAUCGGAGUGCCGCGUGGACAUUUUUCGCAUAUUUUUGUAGACGAAGCGGGCCAUGCGACUGAACCGGAGGUCAUGAUCGCGAUCAAGACGAUUGCUGAUUUGAAUACGAAUAUUGUGUUGUCUGGCGAUCCGAAACAACUUGGGCCUAUCAUCCGGUCCGCUGUUGCGCGUGAUCUUCAGCUGGAUAUCAGCUAUUUGGAAAGGCUCAUGAAUCGAGAGAUUUAUGACACGAAGAGUGGCCAUGGCAUCACGAUCGUGAAAUUGACCAAGAAUUAUCGCUCGCAUAAGUCCAUUUUGAAGUACCCCAACGAACGCUUCUACGCAAAUGAAUUAGAACCUUGCGCGGACAAAAAAACAACAGAUUUUUUCCUGGGCAGCUCUCUUCUCGCAUCCGGCAGAUUCCCGAUCGUCUUCCACGCUAUGUCAGGGCAGGAUGAUCGAGAAGCUUCGUCUCCAUCGUUUUUCAACGUUGAGGAAAUUCUACAGGUCAAAGAUUAUGUUGUGCAAUUGCGUGCUGAUCGACGUUUUCGAGUCUCGGACCAUGACAUCGGAAUCAUAGCGCCUUAUCAUGCCCAAUGUCGCAGGAUAAGCAAAGCACUCAGCGGUGUCGCCGACGACAUCAAGGUGGGCAGUGUUGAAGAGUUCCAGGGUCAAGAGCGAAAGGUGAUCAUAAUAUCAACUGUGCGCAGCAGUAGGGAGUUCGUUGCAUACGACCUCAGACAUACGCUUGGCUUCGUUGCAAAUCCUCGUCGUUUCAAUGUCGCAGUGACUCGAGCACAAGCCCUGCUCAUCGUUGUCGGGGAUCCUUACGUCCUGUCUCUUGAUCCUCUGUGGCGUUCUUUUUUGAACUAUGUCCACAUCAACCAAGGAUGGAAAGGUAUCCCAAUUCCUUGGGAUCCGCGCGAGCCUGUUCGGGACAGUGGCGGAUAUGACGCUGAGCUGAGGGAGCUUGGGCUUGCUGAUAUGAACGAUUUCACUCGUAGGAUGGAAUCAUUGACCUUAGAGAACGUUGACGAUGUUAACGAGGCUGACGCAAAUGUCGAUAGGCCGUGGAGAGAUGUGGAGUGAUAGGGAGGGAUGUAGCUGACUGAUAUGAUCU